UCGUUUCCCCCCCGGUCCCCCCAUGUAGUCUAAUGUGAUUGGUGAAGUAGUUUGCUGUCAGAACAAGAAGGAAAUUGCGGGGUGUUGCGACAUAGGGAGAGAGAUACCGGUAAGUUGUCUUGUAUUUUUAAUUUUUUUACGGUCACUUGUCAACGGGUCUAAAUAGCACCCCGUAUAUUGGCAUUUGGCAAACUAGCGUGUCAUGUUUUCACCUAUUUAUAAAUAGCGCACGUACUAACUGGCUAGAGUUCGGUGAAUUGGCUAGCUAGCUAACGUUAGGUUAUUUAGUUAGCCAACCCUCUCGAACUCCAUGCCUUGAUUAUCUGUAGGUACUGGUAGCUAGCUACGUUAGUUGUCUUUUUAAGGAAUGGCGCUCUAUUUUUCAUCAAGCUAAUAGCGAUGCUAGCCAUUUAAAAAAAAAUGUUUUACCAUACAUAUACAUUAGCUCAGAUUGCUGGGUGCAUGCAUGUUUAUCCAUGUUUUCACUAACGUGUAUUAUAGAACAGUUGAUAUGUAUUUUUUUUAAAUGUGUAAGUGAUACGUUGUAUCUAGCAUUUUACGUUGUGAGAAGGUUACAUCGCUACAAAGUAGCUACUGUAAUAGACUGUUUACGAGUUUAUGCUUAACGUUGACGUUACAUCUAGAAACCCCGGUAAAUGGUGGUUAUACCUUGGCGUCAGGACUCAACUUCGUGAGUCUGUUGGGACAUUCAGUGGGCUGAAAGGUUCACCUAUGUAACUACCAUGUAUAAAUGGUUCAAAUCGAAAUCUAAUAAAAUGUUGUUUGUCACAUGUGCCGAAUACAACAGUGCUACUAACUAAGUUACGAGACCUUUUUCAACGAUGCAGUUUUAGAGACGCUAAAUUGAAAUUGUAGUUUGACUGUUCUCCAAGUAUUUUAGAUUUUCAGUAACUGAUAGUGACACCAGCAACCCCAUCAGCUUGGCCAGGCAUGAGAGCUGAUAUCUGAGGAUUUAAACCACCAGCGCCACAAUGGAUGUCCCUGCCAUCGGUAACAACCUCAACCUUUCAAAUGGGGACUUGGAUCCCUCGGACACCCCUCCCACCAUGUCCAUUGACAAGCUCUUCCCAGCACUCCUGGAGUGCUUUGGGAUCAUCUUGUGUGGCUAUAUUGCUGGUCGAGCGAACAUCAUCACAUCCACACAGGCCAAAGGAUUGGGGAACUUUGUGUCCAAGUUUGCCCUCCCAGCAUUGCUCUUUAAGAACAUGGUACUCUUGGACUUUGGGAAUGUCAUCUGGCCAUUUUUGUGGAGUAUUCUCAUCGCCAAGGUGUCUGUGUUUUUCAUUGUGUGUGUGAUUACACUACUGGUUGCCAGUCCUGACACUCGCUUCAGCAAAGCUGGCCUAUUCUCCAUCUUUGCUACUCAAAGCAAUGACUUUGCUUUGGGAUACCCGAUUGUUGAGGCCUUGUACAAGAACACACACCCAGAGUAUCUACAGUACAUUUACCUGGUAGCACCAGUGUCCCUCAUGCUUCUCAACCCCAUUGGGUUUGCCUUCUGUGAGAUCCAGAAGUGGAGGGAUCAGAGAGACCGGCAGCAGAGCAAACUCCAGAUAGUGGGUGUGGUCAUCCUGCAGGUUCUGAAGAACCCCAUGGUCUUCAUGGUUGUUAUUGGCAUUAUCUUCCACUUCAUCCUGGAUCAGAAGAUCCCUGCUUUCAUGGAGCAGUUUGUGGACGGCCUGGCCAACUCUUUUGGAGGAGCAGCUCUGUUCUACUUGGGCCUCUCCAUGGUGGGCCAGUUGGGGAAGCUCACCAGGUCCACGGUUGUAGCCCUUAUCCUGCUCAUCACAGCAAAACUGUUGGUGAUGCCGUUGAUCUGUCGAGAGACAGUGGAGCUGCUGGACGCUGACAACACCAGCUCUAGUCUCGAACACUCCAGUCUCUCCAACUAUGCCUUCCUCUAUGGAGUCUUCCCUAGUGCCCCCAGUGUGGCCAUCUAUGCUGCUCACUAUAACAUGGAGCUACAAGUUGUUACCUCAGGGAUGGUAAUAAGCACGUUUCUCUCAGCUCCCAUUAUGUAUGUUUCUGCUUGGUUGCUGACAAUACCAUGGAUGGACCCUAAGCCAUUGAUGGAUUCUCUGCAGAAUGUCAGCUUUAAUGUCAGCAUCAUCAGCUUAGUUGCACUGGCUUGGACAGUUACUGUCAUGUUCCUGAGUAAGAAAUUUAAGAGACUACCUCACAUGUUCACCGUCAACCUGUUCUUGGCACAGAUUCUAGCUUGUGUUAGCAUGAUCAUGUGGAACUUUGUCGUGAGACAAGACCGCUUCAUUGGACACGUGUUGACAUUCACACUGUUGUACGGCUCACUGUACAGUACUUAUGUAUGGCCAGGUCUGAUAGCACUUUCCCUUGUGUUGAUGAAGAGCGGUGGUGAGCUGAAGGUUGCGCCAGGCUUCCUGGUGAUUGCAGGCUGGGGAGUCCCAGCCCUUGUGGCAGCAGUGCUCCUCGUAACUGGGGAGAGGAUGCCCGACACCAUCGAUUCGGCUUUCUUUUAUGGAAGACCGCAGAUCAUCUGCACCUCUGUUGUGCUUGCCUUCAGCAUAGUGCUGGGCGGGUGCUCUUUGGUGGGCCUCCGUCGAGGCACGUGGGACUCAAUGUACCAUGUCCUGGAGAGAGACUCUAUGCUAGGCACUAUUGAGGAUCUGAGGCUCCCGACUGGCCCAGAUACCCAAACUAUCCCAGAUAUCCGUGACAUGUUUGAGCCAGCCGGAACUGGAAGCAUCAACAUAGGUCCGUGUGAGACUGGCUGUGAGUCGCCAGGCUGUCUACUGGCCCAGGAGGAGCAGCAGGUGGCUGACAGACAGGUGGCCCGCCAUGUGCUCUUAUGCCUGCUACUGAUCGUCAGCCUACUAGCUAACCUGUCCAGCUGUCUGUGGUGGCUCUUUAGUCGAGUUCCUGGGAGACUUUACUUAGAGCUGCAGUUCUUCUGUGCUGUGGUCAACUAUGGACAGGGCUUCAUCUCGUUCGGGCUUUUUGGGCUGGACAAACAUUUGAUAAUACUGCCAUUUAAAAAGAAGAUAUCCUGUCUGUGGCAUAGAAGGAAGCCAGAAGAGCAGCCUCAACUGGUUGUAUCUGAUGACAUCAUGAUGACCUGCACUCAGUUCAUCAGAUACCACAAAGAGCAGUGUGUCCGGGACAUUGUCCAGCAGAAGAGGUGUGGGGAGAGGACAGUGGCGGACACUUUUCUUGGCAGUGAGCUGGUAGAGUGGCUGUUGCAGGUGGGUCUGUCACAGGACCGAGGAGAAGCGCUGCUCUAUGGGAUCCGGCUGCAGCAGGGUGGGGUGCUCCAGCACAUCACCCAGGAGUAUGGCUUCAAAGAUGACAACCUGCACUACUGCUUCACAGCAUAAGGUGGGCCCUGGUUAGGCCCAGUCUCUGUUUUCCAGAGGCACAAGAUGAAAAAGAGAUCGGCUAUCUACCAGGCCUGAAUCUAGUUCGCUACCUACAUAACACUAGCAGUAUUGGUUGACUUGAAGAGUCUGCUGAUUUAAAAAAAAAAAAAAAUUUAAAUGCUUUUAUUGUUUUGCACAUUGAAAUAUGCAUCAUAACAAGCAUUGAGUACUUGUUAGUUUUCUUUUAAACUGCCUAUGUUUUUGUGGGGGUUUUGUAUGGUACUUUAUGCAUAACGAGAUUUAAGUUGGCAGAGGUAAUAAUGAUCGGCCCAAAUUACUGAUGUCAAAUAUCUUGCAUUAUCGUCUCAAGUUAUAUAGACCAGCUUGUAUCCCCUUGAUGACACUCAUAUACCAUAAGGCUCAGAUUUUUAUUUAUUUAGUUUGGAUGACAAGAAUGGUAUUUGUCAGGUAUUGAAAAUGCAAGUCUGUAAUGGGCCUCUCGGGUGGUGCAGAGUUCCAAUGCACUGCAUCACAGUGCUAGAGGCAUCACUACAGACCCGGGUUCGAUCCCGGGCUCUAUCAUAACCGGCCGUGAUCGGGAGUCCCAUAGGGUGGCGCACAAUUGGCCCAGCGUUGUCCGGGUUAGGGGAGGGUUUGGCCGGGGGGGCUUUACAAGUAGGCUGUCAUUGUAAAUAAUUUGCUCUUACCUGACUUGUCUAGUUAAAUAAACAAAUAAAAUGCAUGUUGCUGUGUAUUCUAAAUACACUUAAUUUGGCCAUAAUUUAUAACUUAAAAUAGAUAUGGCAGCUAGAUCUAUUUUUAAUAUAUUUGAAUAAUGUAGACAGAAUGGUGUCAAAUUUUAUGGAUGCAGAAUUUUAUUGUUUGAAUUCUCUGUCCGUUUGUACAUUGUUAGUCACACGCGAUAUCUCGGACACCAUUGGGGGAUUUUGACGAAACUUGGAUGAAUGAUGAAUCUUGCCAUAGAGACCUGGCAUUUAAAAAAGGGGCCCAAAGGAGGCGCUGUAGUAAUCAACUGAGAACUUUGAACAAACAUAUCUCCUGUCCCAUCAUUUUGUACAUGCAGUGCCUUCAGAAAGUAUUCAGACCCCUUGAUUUUUUUCCCCACAUUUUAAGUUACAGCCUUAUUCUAAAAUUAAUUAAAUAAAACAAUUUCCUCAGCAAUCUACACACAGUACCCCAUAAUGACUAAGCGAAAACAGAUUUUUUUAAAAAUAUUAAAAUUCAACAGAAAUACCUUAUUUACAUAAGUAUUUAGACCCUUUGCUAUCAGACUUGAAAUUGAGCUCAGAUGCAUCCUGUUUCCAUUGUUCAUCCUUGAGAUGCUUCUACAACUUGAUCGGAGUCCACCUGUGGUAAAUUCAAUUGAUUGGACAUGAUUUGGAAAUACACACCUGUCUAUAUAAGGUCCCACAGUUGACAGUGCAUGUCAGAGCCAAAACCAAGCCAUGAGAUUGAAGGAAUUGUCCAUAGAGCUCCAAGGCAGGAUUGUGUCGAGGCACAGAUCUGGGGAAGAGUACCAAAAAAUGUAUGCAGCAUUGAAGGUCCCUAAGAACACAUCCAUCAUUCUUAAAUGGAAGAAGUUUGGAACCACAAAGGCACUUCCUAGAGCUGGCCGUCCGGCCAAACUGAGCGAUGGGGGAAAAGGGCCUUGGUCGGAGGUGACCAAGAACUCGAUGGUCACUCUGACAGAGCUCCAGAGUUCCUCUGUGGAGAUGGGAGAACCUUCCAGAAGGACAACCGUCUCUGCAGCACUCCAGCAAUCAGGCCUUUAUGGUAGAGUGGCCAGACGGAAGUCACUCCUCAGUAAAAGGCACAUGACAGACCGCUUGGAGUUUGCCAAAAGGCACCUAAAGGACUCUCAGACCAUGAGAAACAAGAUUCUCUGGUCUGAUGAAACCAUGAUUGAACUCUUUAGCCUGAAUGCCAAGCGUCACGUCUGGAAGAAACCUGCCAUCAUCCCUACAGUGAAGCAUGGUGGUCGCAGCAUCACGCUGUGGGGAUGUUUUCAGCGGCAGGGACUAGGAGACUAGUCAGGAUUGAGGCAAAGAUGAGCAGAGCAAAGUACAGAGAGAUCCUUGAUGAAAACCUGCUCCGGGACCACAGACUGGGUUGAAGGUUCACCUUCCAACAGGACAACGACCCUAAGCACACAGCCAAGACAAUGCAGGAGUGGCUUCGGGACAAGUCUCUGAAUGUCCCUCAGUGGCCCAGCCAGCGCUCCAUCUUGAACCAGAUCAAACAUCUCUGGAGAGACCUGAAAAUAGCUGUACUGCAACGCUCCCCAUCCAACCUGACAGAGCUUGAGAGGAUCUGCAGAGAAGAAUGGGAGAAACUCCCCAAAUACAGGUGUGCCAAGCUUGUAGUGUCAUACCCAAAAAUACUUUAGGCUGUCAUCGCUGCCAUAGGUGCUUCAACAAAGUAUUGAGUAAAGGGUAUGAAUACUUAAAUAUAAUUUACAUAAGGUUUUUUAUUUUUAAUAAGUUAGUAAAAAUGUCUAAACAGCUUUUUCUUUGUCGUGGGGUAUUGAUUGAGGUGGAAUGAACUUUCAUCAAUUUUAGAAUAAGGCUGUAACAAAAUGUGGAAAAAGUCGAGGGGUCUGAAUACUUUCUGAAGGCACUGUUGUAUAUGCCGCCCCUCAUGAGCAACAUGUUUCCCAUAAGGACCUAAACUCAGCAAAAAAAGAAACGUCCUCUCACUGUCAACUGCGUUUAUUUUCAGCAAACUUAACGUGUAAAUAUUUGUAUGAACAUAACAUUCAAAAACUGAGACAUAAAAUGAAAAAGUUCCACAGACAUGUGACUAACAGAAAUGGAAUAAUGUGUCCCUGAACAAAGGGGGGGUUAAAAUCAAAAGUAACAGUCGGUAUCUGGUGUGGCCAACAGCUGCAUUAAGUACUGCAGUGCAUCUUCUCAUGGACUGCACAAGAUUUGCCAGUUCUUGCUGUGAGAUGUUACCCCACUCUUCCACCAAGGCACCUGCAAGUUGCAGGACAUUUCUGGGGGGGAAUGGCCCUAUCCCUCACCCUCUGAUCCAACAGGUCCCAGAUGUGCUCAAUGGGAUUGAUUGCCUACAAUGACAACAUGAUGCUGUGACACACCGCCCCAGACCAUGACGGACCCUCCACCUCCAAAUCGAUCCCGCUCCAGAGUACAGGCCUCGAUGUAACGCUCAUUCCUUCGAUGAUAAACGCGAAUCCGACCAUCACCCCUGGUGAGACAAAACCACGACUCGUCAGUGAAGAGCACUUUUUGCCAGUCCUGUCUGGUCCAGCUAUGGUGGGUUUGUGCCCGUAGGCAACGUUGUUGCUGGCGAUGUCUGGUGAGGACCUGCCUUACAACAGGCCUACAAGCCCUCAGCCUAUUGCGGACAGUCUGAGCAAUGAUGGAGCGAUUGUGCAUUCCUGGUAUAACUCGGGCAGUUGUUGCCAUCCUGUACGUGUCUUGCAGGUGUGAUGUUCGAAUGUAACAAUCCUGUGCAUGUGUUGUUACACGUGGUCUGCCACCUCGAGGAUGAUCAGAUGUCUGUUCUUUUUCCCUGUAGCGCUGUCUAAGGUGUCUCACAGUACGGACAUUGCAAUUUAUUGCCCUGGCCACUGCAAUUUAUUGCCCUGGCCACAUCUGCAGUCCGCAUGCCUCCUUGCAGCAUGCCUAAGGCACGUUCACGCAGAUGUCCAGGGACCCUGGGCAUCUUUUUAUUUUGGUGUUUUUCAGAGUCAGUAGAAAGGCCUCUAGUGUCCUAAGUGUUCUUAACUGUGACCUUAAUUGCCUACCGUCUGUAAGCUGUUAGUGUCUUAACGACCGUUCCACAGGUGCAUGUUCGUUAAUUGUUAAUGGUUCAUUGAACAAGCAUGGGAAACAGUGUUUGAACCCUUUACAAUGAAGAUUUGUGAAGUUAUUUGGAUUUUUACGAAUUAUCUUUGAAAGACCGGGCCUGAAAAAGGGACGUUUAUUUUUUUUGCUGAGUUUAUAAGCUCCACCAAUUCAAUAAUUGUAUUUUUCUACAUCAUUCAUGGGGGACAACAUGUUUACUGAUGCCUUGUUAACUUAUUUAAAUGAUUCUUGGCUAAAAAAUAUAUAUUGUUUUUUAAAUACACAACUAUAAUUCCCAUUUGUUUUAGGUUUGUGGAGAGUACAAUACCGACUGUGCCAGAUUAAAUGCAAUAUUCUUUAUUAUUGGAGUUAUUUUGGAGUCAUGUUACUUUUUCCUUAAUGGGAUUGUGCUUAUUACUGUUGCUAAUAAGGUAAUUGAGCCAUGUAUUCACCUUGUUUGGCAUUAUGAAUGUUUGAAUGUCACUUGACUAAAAGAGAAUGUACGGUAUCAUGCACUUUGAAGCUAACUAAUGCUGCAUGUUCUUCUAUGAUUCCCAGACUGUUUUUUAAACAAAUAAACUGCUGUAUUGCA